GUGAGCUCUAUUUUGUAAGAGAAAACACGAUUUUACAAUUUCCAGGGCAAUUCUCGAGGUCCAUUUUCCCGCCCAAAUCCACUUCACUUGUCAGCUGGUCUUGCUCCCGCCAUUAAUACUGCUCAAACCCUAGUUUAAGAAGAAACAUGAGGGGUGGAACGGUUCAGAUCAAUUGGCACGACUCCAAACCCGUACUCGCCUGCGAUUUCCAUCCGAUCUCCGCCCUCCUCGCUACCGCCGGCGCCGACUACGACAUUAAGAUUUGGGCAACGGUUUCUAGCUCUGACCAAAAGAAGGCUCCUGGGGUUGCUUACCAGAGCAAUCUGUCAUACCAUAGUUCUGCUGUAAAUGCACUUCGCUUCUCCCCGUCUGGAGACCAGUUGGCUUCUGGCGCUGAUGGUGGUGAGCUGAUUUUAUGGAAAUUAAAUGUUACUGAUGCUGGUGAAGUUUGGAAAGUCCACAAGUCUUUAGUGUUUCAUCGUAAGGAUGUAUUAGACCUGCAAUGGUCUGCUGAUGGGGCAUAUCUGAUAACCGGUUCAGUAGAUAAUUCCUGCAUCAUAUGGGAUGCUAAUAAGGGUUCUGUACACCAAAUUUUGGACGCACAUUUUCAUUAUGUUCAAGGUGUAGCAUGGGAUCCGUUGGGGAAAUAUGCAGCAUCAUUCAGUUCAGAUAGAACUUGUCGUAUUUAUGUUAACAAGCCUUCUAAAGCCAAAGGUGUUGAGAGGUCAAAUUAUGUUUGCCAGCAUGUCAUCUCGAAGGCAGAGUUGCCAGUGCCUGAUGAGUCUAAGUCAGCUAGAAGCCAUCUUUUCCUUGACGAGACACUGCCAUCUUUCUUUCGAAGAUUAGCCUGGUCUCCAGAUGGAUCAUUUUUACUUGUUCCCGCAGGUAUCCAAAUUUUACAUUCUUUGUAUAAUUCAGUGGGCUUGAGAGCAUGUUAUACUUCCACAACUGAAGUUAAACAAAUCUCUUGUCAUACACUUUUUAUCAUUUCAGGUACUCACAAAAGUACACCAACUUCUGAACUUGUCAAUACUGCUUAUGUAUUUUCAAGAAAAGAUGUUUCCAGACCUGCUCUAAUGCUUCCUGGUGCAAGUAAACCUGUUGUUGCAGUUCGGUUUUGCCCCAUGAAGUUUAAAUUGUUAGGGACGACUACAUGUAUGAUUCAUCUCUGCUGUUCACUCUUUGGGCCUAAAAGUCCUAGCACUGCCUUCGAACUUAUCUUAUCUCACUCUCUCUCUCUCUCCCUCUGGUCAGCUUCAGCAUUUAACCUCCCCUAUCGCCUUAUAUUUGCUGUGGCCACGUUGAACUCCUUGUAUAUUUAUGACACUGAAAGCAUUCAGCCAAUAGUAAUUGUAGCUGGAGUUCAUUAUGCAGCUAUAACAGACAUUGCAUGGUCACCGUCCGGUAAUUUUCUAGUGUUAUCCUCUCAAGAUGGAUACUGCACACUGCUUGAAUUUGAAAAUCAAGAACUCGGCGCACUUAUUCCCAUAUCAGAGGAAAAGCAAGUGACGGGAGAUGAAAAUACGAGCCUCGUUGUAGAAGAAUCCAUGGUUGAUGUCAGUAGUGGCAGUGCUUCUGUAGAUAGUAGAAAAGAAAAGGAAGAGAAUUUACUAAAAGAAAAGAAAGAGAAUUUACUGAAAGAGAAGGAUGAGAGUGGUGAUGUGAAACAAGCUUCACCAAGUACAGCAGCAGCACCUCAAGCUAAGCCUGCCAAGAGGCGUAUUACCCCCAUGGCUAUCGAUUAACUUGGUAUUUUGCUCUCUCGGUUUUAGUAUCGUUCAACUCCGAAGUAGCUGCCUGUUGAUCUAGCCCUACCACAUUCAUCUCCUUGCACAUGUAGAGAAGAUGGUGCCUAUUAUUACUUGACUGAGGAUUUUACUUUUAAUGGUAGAAAGGGCUUUUUACCAGCAGUGCUGUAUCUGAGGCUUUUAAAGGGCUUUUUUGUUGCCCUUUCAGUUUGCAAGUUUGGGAAUGCUCGAGCUUAAUAUUGCCGUGCUCAAUACAAAUUAUAUUCUCACUCUGUCCCCUAAAAAUAGAUGCUUUAUUGGAU